AGCUUGUGUGACUGAGCUGCUUAAUUUUCAUUUAAAUUCUAUUUUUAUUGAUUUUUCUUCUAUUUUCUUUUGGUUUGAUGAAUCGUUUUUGUACUCCAUUACUGAUUGGUCUCUUGUUCAGAUUCAUUGAUUCGAUCAGAAUCAUGAAUUUUCGCGCUCAGUAUAAGCAUAUAAUUGGGUGUUUUGGAGAAUUGUUUGAGAUUUCCCUUUUUGCUCUGUUUCUUCGGUGUUUAGAUUCGUAUUGGGAAUUUUGGAGUCAUAGCUUGAUUUGAGAAGAAAGUAAGAGAUGGGUUCUCGAAUUAACUUCAACAACUUUGUUGAUGGUGUGAGUGAUGAAGUGACUAACACAAAGCAGCCAACGAUGGGGACUAGUCUUCCAUUGACGAGACAGAACUCGGUGUUCUCGUUAACCUUUGACGAGUUUCAGAACUCCUGGGGUGGUGGGAUUGGGAAAGAUUUUGGUUCGAUGAACAUGGAUGAGCUCUUGAAGAACAUAUGGACAGCUGAGGAAAGCCACUCAAUGAUGGGCAACAACACCAGUUUCAACAAUGGUAAUAGCGGAAACGCUGUUAUGAACUGCGGUAACAACGAUGGGGGUUUGUCUGUUGGUGUGGGAGGAGAAGUCAGUGGUGGUUUUUAUACAGGUGGGAGUUUGCAGAGACAAGGGUCACUUACCUUGCCUCGUACGAUUAGUCAGAAAAGGGUUGAUGAUGUCUGGAAGGAGCUGAUGAAGGAGGAUGACACUGGAAAUGGUGUUGCUAAUGGAGGAACAAGUGGAAUCCCGCAGAGGCAACAAACGUUGGGAGAGAUGACUUUGGAGGAGUUCUUGGUUAGGGCUGGUGUGGUAAGGGAAGAAUCUCAACCGGUAGAUAACUUCAAUGGGGGCUUCUAUGGAUUUGGCACUAAUGCAGGUCUCGGCUCAGCUCGUAAUGGGUUUGGUCCUAACCAGCCUCAUGAUUUUUCUGGGAAUGGAGCCGUGGUGAGACCGGAUCUGCUGACAACUCAAACUCGGCCACUUCAGAUGCAGCAGCCCCAGAAGGUGCAUCAGCCGCAAGAACUGAUACAGAAGUCGGAGAUACCAUUUGCCAAACAGAAUACUAUCACGUUUUCCAACACUGUUGAUGCGGACAAUCGUUCUCAACCUGCAACACAGUGCCAGGAAGUGAAGCCUUCAAUUCUUGGAAUUCAGGACCAUCCUAUGAACAGAAAUCUACUGCAAGCUGUUGAUUUUAAAACAGGAGUUACGGUUGCUGCAGUAUCUCCUGGAAGCCAGAUGUCACCUGAUCUGACUCCAAAGAGCGCCAUGGAUGCAUCUUUGUCACCUGUACCUUACAUGUUUGGUCGAGUAAGGAAAACAGGUGCAGUCCUGGAGAAAGUGAUUGAGAGGAGGCAAAAAAGGAUGAUAAAGAAUAGGGAAUCAGCUGCAAGAUCCCGCGCUCGCAAGCAAGCUUAUACGUUGGAGUUGGAAGCAGAAGUUGCACAACUGAAAGAGAUGAAUGAAGAGUUGCAGAGGAAACAAGUUGAAAUCAUGGAAAAGCAGAAAAAACAGCUUCUGGAGCCAAAGCGCCAGCCAUGGGGAUGUAAAAGGCAAUGCUUGCGAAGGACAUUGACGGGUCCUUGGUAGAGAGCUUAUGAAGGCGUCCAAGGAACUCAAUAAAGAGCAGAAGUUAUAGAACAACACAGAAAGUAGAAGCUAGAUUUGUACGUGACUUAGGCAGGUGUUUCUGUGGGGGUGAUUGUAAAUCAUGAAGUGUGGCCGAUUUGACAGUGAUAGAUCAACACGUAUUUGUUCUGUUUUCCUGAAGCAUCUUUUGGUUUUAUCUUCCUGAUGUAACGGAUCGUGAUGUUGUUUUAUAAGACGUGUCAUUGUCUUGAACAUCUUUGUGACUCAAUCAGAGUGUAUUUAUCUUGUAGUCUGUAUUU